CGAUUGUACCCGAUUCCUGCCCAUUCAAAACCCUAGCUUCAGCUUAGUUCCGAUAUCGCCCAUGGCGACCCCACCGUCUUCUUCCACAGCUCCUGCGUCGACUUCCUCUCAAUUCACAUACGCGAACGCUUCGUCGUCAUCGUCCUACUUCCCCAUGCCCUUUCACCUCCAGCAACCCCAGUAUCCCACGCCUUACGCCGCUGCAGCGCCACCAGCCCCGCCCGUCUACCCAGCCCCGGCCCCGGCGCCGACCUCUGGUGUCUACUCUCUCCCUCAGCAGUAUCAACAGGCUCAGCAGUUAUUUCAAAGGGAUGCACAGACGAUUACACCUGAAGCUCUUGAGAGUGUGAAAGCUGCCCUGGCAAACAGUGAAAUCGAGCACAAAGCUGAAGCUAAGAAGAAAGCCAUCCCUCGUAAAGCUGCUGGGCAGUCUUGGGAGGACCCAACUCUUGCAGAAUGGCCAGAAAAUGAUUAUCGCCUAUUUUGUGGUGAUCUUGGUAAUGAGGUGAAUGAUGAUGUCCUUUCAAAAGCAUUUUCACGAUUUCCUUCCUUUAACAUGGCCAGAGUCGUUAGAGAUAAGAGGACUGGCAAAACCAAGGGCUUUGGAUUUGUUAGCUUUGCCAACCCUUCUGACCUGGCCGGAGCACUCAAGGAAAUGAAUGGUAAAUAUGUGGGAAAUCGGCCAAUCAAACUUCGCAAAAGUAACUGGAGGGAGAGGAUAGAUUAUGACGCACUAGACAGACAAAAGAACUACAGUCAGAAGAAACCAAAGCUUUCGAAGAAGAGUAUUUUGCACAAGUGAGCCAGAGAUUUGUAGAAGACAUAGUGAAAAUGUUCUUUAUUUCUCAAUUCGAACUCGACUCUUGGUGUGAAUCAAGUUAAUGUAGGGAUAUGUGCAGAUGUUUAAUGAUGAUAAUUUUGAGGAACGAAUGAUAAAGGAAUUUAUAAAAAGUGACACCGUAUUAUCUUUUGA